AUGAUCCAACAGAGAAUGGGCACUCAGGGACACCUUACACAACAUAGGUCUCAUCCUCUUUUCAUCCAAGGCUGGUCUACACCCUGCCUUCCUACAACUUCCCUCAGGUUGGCUUCCUAUCUCACUUUAGGACAGUUGGUGCUAAAGAGUUGCCCAUAUUCACCCUCGCCCCACCUCACCCGCCCCAUCAACCCUGCUUCAGAGGCAAAAAGAAUAGUGGUCAGUGUGGAACUUUGGAAGGCAAAGAAAGAGGAACAGAUCUUUUAAAAAAGGAGGAAUAUGUUUAAUACCCUUCAAUCAUUUCUUUAUGAGAAACUGGCUGUUGAGGUUAAUUUUAUAAUGGAGGAAAUAGUCAAGGCUGGGAAUGGAAAUGACCCAGAAUUCCAUUUCAAGGCCACCCAGGCAGUUAGGAAGAUGUUAUCUAGAAAAAGAAACCCACUCCUAAAAGUGUCUGUUGAAACGGGAUUCAUUCCCAAGCUGGUGACAUUUCUGAGCUUGUCUUAUAGUCCUGACUUUCAGUUUGAGGCAGUCUAGGCCCUGACAAACACUGCUCUGGGAACAUCUGAACAGGCCAAGGCAAUUGUGGAUGCCAGAGCUGUCCCUCUUUUGACUGAACUCCUCUCUUCCCCAUACUUACACAUCAGUGAGUAAGCUAUGGGGGCACUAGGGAACAUGGCAGGUGAUGGCCCUGAAUUGAGAGAUGCCUUUAUCUUGUGUGAAGUGAUCACUCCUCUCUUAUCCCUGGUCUCACCUACUAAACCUAUUACAUUUCUGCGGAAUGUGACAUGGACCUUGUCCAACCUCUGCUGGAAGAAGAACCCAUACCCUUGUGCAAAGGCAAUACAGCAGAUCCUGCCAGUUCUUCUCCAACUCUUGCAACACCAAGAUGGUGAGAUUCUGUCAGAAGCCUGCUGGGCUCUGUUGGAUCUUACUGAUGGUCCCAAUCAGAGGAUUAACCAAGUGGUGUAGACUGGGGUCCUUCCAAGGCUAAUCUACUUCAUAAGCAGCCCAUACCUGUCUAUGAUGGUAAAUCCACUCUGUACUAAGGGGUCUCUUUGGUAACAUGUGACUGAGACAGAUCAACAAACCCAGGUGGCCAUUGAUGUAGGUUUCUUGACAGUGCUGCCCCAUCUCCUGCAUCACCAGAGGCCCUCAGUCUGGAAGGAGGCUGGAGAAUUCAAAGUCAAGAAAGAGGUUAUUUGGACAGUGACUAACUUCACAAGUCAGGGAACAUUGCACCAGAUGCUUGAAAUCAUCAAGGCUGGAAUCCUGAGACCUCUGCUCCAUCUGUUCACUGUCAAAGACAGCAAAACUCUCCUCCUCGUCCUUGACAUUAUUACCUGUUCCUUCCAAGCUGCAGAGAAACUAGGGGAGAAGAAAAAACUGUGCUCUCUAAUAAAGGAGCUUGGUGGACUAGAUAAAAUCAAGGCAUUACAAUUUCACAAUAAUAGCUUGAUCUUUCAAGCUUCCUUGAACCUUAUUGGGAAUUACUUUUCUGAGAUAUGUAUUUUAGAAUUUGAGUACACAUACUCACCACUCGUAAUAGGUAGCUAUGGUAGGAAGCAGGGAGUGAGAGGUGCCAAGCGGCUCCAAUGGGAUGUGGAUGGUCUGGGACAGAGGAUAGGGCAGAGAAGGAAAAGCGGGAAACGGAGAAAGCAACCGAACCUCAAAACCCCCCAAACAUUCGUGGGGGUUGUGGGUGUGGAAACCUGUAUCCUUAGUGAGACUGGUUCUACUUGGAGCAGCCCCAUGGUGGAUGAGGAAAUCAGGGCUGAGACUGAACUCAAGAUUGACUUGUUUAGGAUCGCACAACUACUAACUGACUUCCAGACUCCAACCCACCUACAGAAAGGCUAUGGAAACGAGUGCCAUUGUUAG